CCAAAUUGUGACAGCACAUUUAUUAAUGUUUUCCAUAACCCAUAGUCCUACAAAUUCUCCCCUUCUAUACUAUCCUUCCCACUCUCCCACUUUCCUCUUCAACUUCUCCCAAUACUCCACCAUGACUUUCCUCUCUCUCCUCCUCCUCCUCUCACUCUCUCUCUCCGCCGCCCACGACGGCGCCGCCGUCUCCCAAGAUCUGAUCCACUCCUCCUGCCUCCAAGCACGCUACCCAAAUCUCUGCAUCAGAACCCUCUCCUCCUACGCCGGCGCCGUCACCACCCCACAGGAGCUUGCCCAAGCCGCCAUCUCCGUAAGCCUCUCCCUCGCCCGCGACCUCUCCCGGUAUCUCUCCGACGCCCUCCGCCAGGCGUCGAUGCGGCAGCGCGCGGCGGUGAAUGACUGCGUGGAUCAGAUUGGGGACUCUGUUGAGGAGCUGAGUAACACUUUGGGGGUUCUCCGGCACCUCACCUGCGGCGGCGACCGGCGGGAUUUCCGGCUGCAGAUGGGGAAUGCGAAGACGUGGGUUAGCGCCGCUUUGACGAAUGAAGAUACGUGUCUUGAUGGGUUUAAAGAAGUGGAUGGGGAAGUGAAAUUGGAUGUGAAAAAGAGGAUUUCGAAGGUGGCUAAAGUUACUAGUAAUGCUCUGUUUAUGAUUAAUCGUCUUGACGGUGGAAACCCCGCCGGAAGGAAGAAGUUGGCCGCUCCUUGAGAUUUGGUCGCGGCGGCGAUGGCGGAUGCCUGAGGUUUCGUGGCGGUGGGAGUAGAGUUUAUGUUACCAUGGUUUUCGUCGAGUAAUAUUUGGUUCAUCGUUCCCACUCUAAUUAGAAAGUAUUAAGAAAAUAAGAUCCGUUUAUCGAAUAACAAAUUAUGAUCAGAUAAUUAGGUGGAUGGCAUGAAAAACAAGUGUAACUUAGAUGCAAUACACCUAUGUAUUUUUCUAUAUGUAUUGUUGGUUGAAUAUAUAAAAGUUUUAUGGAGAAGAGUAUUAUUUAGUGCA